AUAUGCUCCUCUCACUGCCCUCUGCACCAGCAACAUGGAUUGUCACCUCUCCAUCCUCCUCCUUCUCAGCUGCUCCGCUCUCAACUGCUUUGGGGAACUGAUUCUCCAACCUUCCAAUGAAGUUAAUCUACUGGAUUCAAAAACAAUUCAAGGGGAGCUGGGCUGGAUCUCUUAUCCAUCACAUGGGUGGGAAGAGAUCAGUGGUGUUGAUGAACAUUACACACCCAUCCGGACUUACCAGGUGUGCAAUGUCAUGGAUCACAGUCAAAAUAAUUGGCUGAGGACAAACUGGGUCCCCAGGAACUCAGCUCAGAAGAUCUAUGUGGAGCUCAAGUUUACUCUACGGGAUUGCAAUAGCAUCCCAUUGGUUUUGGGAACUUGCAAAGAAACUUUCAACUUGUACUACAUGGAGUCUGAUGACGAUCAUGGUGUCAAAUUCCGAGAACACCAGUUUACAAAGAUUGACACCAUUGCAGCUGAUGAAAGUUUCACCCAAAUGGAUCUUGGGGACCGUAUUCUUAAACUCAACACUGAGAUUAGAGAAGUAGGUCCUGUCAACAAAAAGGGAUUUUAUUUGGCAUUUCAAGAUGUUGGUGCCUGUGUCGCCUUGGUGUCUGUGAGAGUGUACUUCAAAAAGUGCCCAUUCACGGUGAAGAAUCUGGCCAUGUUUCCAGACACAGUACCCAUGGAUUCCCAAUCCCUGGUGGAGGUUAGAGGUUCUUGUGUUAACAAUUCUAAGGAGGAAGAUCCUCCCAGGAUGUACUGCAGUACAGAAGGUGAAUGGCUUGUGCCCAUUGGCAAGUGCUCGUGCAAUGCUGGCUAUGAAGAAAGGGGUUCUAUGUGCCAAGCUUGCCGACCGGGUUUCUACAAGGCUGCGGAUGGUAAUGUGAAAUGUGCCAAGUGCCCACCGCACAGUUCUACUCACGAAGAUGGUUCAGUGAACUGCAGGUGUGAGAAUAAGUACUUCCGAGCAGACAAAGACCCUCCAUCCAUGGCUUGUACCCGACCUCCAUCUGCACCAAGAAAUGUUAUCUCUAAUAUAAACGAGACCUCGGUCAUCCUGGACUGGAGUUGGCCCCUGGACACAGGAGGCCGGAAAGAUGUUACCUUCAACAUCAUAUGUAAAAAAUGUGGGUGGAAUGUAAAACAGUGUGAGCCAUGCAGCCCGAAUGUCCACUUCCUCCCUCGACAGUUUGGACUCACGAACACCACAGUGACAGUGACAGACCUCCUGGCACACACGAACUACACCUUUGAGAUCGACGCCAUUAAUGGUGUGUCAGAGCUGAGCUCGCCACCAAGACAGUUCGCUGCAGUCAGCAUCACAACCAACCAGGCCGCUCCAUCGCCUGUCAUGACAAUUAAGAAGGAUCGAACAUCCAGAAACAGCAUCUCUUUAUCCUGGCAGGAGCCUGAACACCCUAAUGGGAUCAUAUUGGACUACGAGGUCAAAUACUAUGAAAAGCAGGAGCAAGAGACAAGUUAUACCAUUCUGAGGGCAAGAGGCACGAAUGUGACCAUCAGUAGCCUCAAGCCUGACACGACUUAUGUAUUCCAAAUCCGAGCCCGAACUGCAGCUGGAUACGGGAGCAACAGUCGCAAGUUUGAAUUUGAAACUAGCCCGGACUCUUUCUCCAUCUCAGGUGAAAAUAGCCAUGUGGUGAUGAUUGCCAUUUCAGCCGCAGUGGCCAUUAUUCUCCUCACAGUGGUCACCUACGUCUUGAUAGGGAGGUUCUGUGGCUAUAACAAGUCAAAACAUGGUGCAGAUGAAAAAAGACUUCAUUUUGGGAAUGGACACUUAAAACUUCCAGGUCUCAGGACUUAUGUUGACCCACACACAUACGAAGACCCUACCCAAGCAGUUCAUGAGUUUGCUAAGGAAUUGGACGCCACCAGCAUAUCCAUUGACAAAGUUGUUGGAGCAGGUGAAUUUGGAGAGGUGUGCAGUGGUCGUUUAAAACUCCCUUCAAAAAAAGAAAUUUCAGUGGCCAUCAAGACCCUGAAAGUGGGCUACACAGAAAAGCAGAGGAGAGACUUCCUGGGAGAAGCAAGCAUUAUGGGACAAUUUGAUCAUCCCAACAUCAUUCGAUUGGAGGGAGUUGUUACUAAAAGUAAACCAGUGAUGAUUGUCACAGAAUACAUGGAGAAUGGUUCCUUGGACAGUUUCUUACGUAAACACGAUGCCCAGUUUACGGUCAUCCAGCUAGUGGGGAUGCUUCGAGGGAUAGCAUCUGGCAUGAAGUACCUCUCAGAUAUGGGUUAUGUUCACCGAGACCUUGCUGCUCGUAACAUUUUGAUCAACAGUAAUUUGGUGUGUAAGGUUUCUGAUUUUGGACUUUCACGUGUUCUAGAGGAUGACCCAGAAGCUGCUUAUACAACAAGAGGAGGCAAGAUUCCGAUCCGAUGGACAUCACCAGAAGCUAUAGCUUACCGCAAGUUCACGUCAGCCAGCGAUGUGUGGAGUUAUGGGAUUGUUCUCUGGGAGGUGAUGUCCUAUGGAGAGAGACCAUACUGGGAGAUGUCCAAUCAGGAUGUGAUCAAAGCUGUGGACGAAGGCUACCGGCUGCCGCCCCCCAUGGACUGCCCAGCUGCGUUGUACCAGCUGAUGCUGGACUGCUGGCAGAAAGACAGAAACAACAGACCCAAGUUUGAGCAGAUUGUCAGCAUUCUGGACAAGCUUAUCCGGAACCCGGGCAGCCUGAAGAUCAUCACCAGUGCAGCAGCAAGGCCAUCAAACCUUCUUCUGGACCAAAGCAAUGUCGACAUCACUACCUUCCGCACAACAGGUGACUGGCUUAAUGGUGUCCGGACAGCACAGAGCAAGGAAAUCUUCACAGGCGUGGAGUACAGUUCUUGUGACACCAUAGCCAAGAUUUCCACAGAUGAUAUGAAGAAGGUUGGUGUCACUGUGGUUGGUCCACAGAAGAAAAUCAUCAGUAGCAUUAAAGCCCUAGAAACACAAUCAAAAAAUGGUCCAGUUCCAGUGUAAAGUGUUAUUUCUGGAAGGAAGUGGUGGCUGUGGAAGAUGUAGCAUCAUUCUACAGACAGAUGAUAGUGCUGGAGAUGCUGUUCCAAGCCCAAUAAGACACUCAGAUACGAAUACAAAUGCCUUAAAAUGGAAUUGAAAAACUCUUUAUUUUCCCCUAUCAUUUAGUGGGAUGGGAGGGGGGGUGUACUUUGUUUUGUAAUUGCUUUUUAUAUUAGUUGAUGGGUUAAAUUAAAAUUCUUCAGCGUGGAAUGAUGAAGAACUAGCAUAGAGCCAUUGACCAUAAACUGAUGAUCAUAAAAGCAAAACAAGUGUAAUAACAAAAUGAAUACAGUGGCUCUAUUUACUAAUUGCCACAAAAGAAAAGACUUGUGAUAUUUUUAUACACAGAAGAAAUCUGUAACAGGUAUUUUGUUUCCUUAAAGCAAGCAAAAUAGAGGAAUUUAUACCUCAAACUAUCUGGCCAUAUAUACUACCUUUUUCAUUGUAUUAUUCUCUUUUAUCUGUUAAGAGCAUAUAGAAAUGAUGUUUGUAGUUGUUUUAAGUACUACAUAUUUUUAAUUGUUAGCUUCAUAAGUGUUAUCAUGUAAAAAUGUGUCUUAAUUUUGAAAAAAAAGUACAUAUUUA